AUGACGACAAAUGCGGCUCUGUUUAACGAGAGGGUUGCAGUUUUAAUGGAAAACUUGUCGCUUGCGGCUGCUGGUAGCCCUUCCAAGUUCGCGACUGGACGGAACACCACCGUGAAUAACUUUAAUUUUGUAUAUGGGAUGUUGCAGUGCACGAGCGAUUUAUCGGACAAUACCUGUUACUCCUGCCUCCAAAACAUAAUUGGAGACAUCCCAAGCUCUUGUAAUUGGCGGUCGGGAGGGAAUGUGUAUACUGACAGUUGCUUCUUAAGGUACGAUUCUUGUCUCUUUUUUAACUUGUUAUCUCCGGCACCUCCGUCUUCAACGCAGCAGGCUUCUCCACUGGCACUAUCCCCACCCCGGCCGGCUGUUGAUGGUGGAGCCACCACUACAACCAAUUCAACACGAGGAAAAGGAGAUGGAGACUUGACUUUAAUAAUUAUUGGUUCUCUGGUCAUUCUUUUGGUCAUUGUUACACUAUUAGCGAUUGCAGUUCGGGUUGGGUGGCUUCGGAGGACCUCAAGGAAAAAAAAUGGGACAAAGAACACAGGAAAUGUGGAUUCACAUUUGUUUGAUUUGAGGACUCUAAAAGUUGCGACUAAAGGGUUUUCUAAAUCAAAUAAGCUUGGGAAGGGAGGAAGUGGAACUGUUUAUAAGGGUAAACUAUCCGAUGGGCGUGAAAUUGCUGUGAAAAGGCUUUCAAGUAGUUCGCCUCAAAAUUCGGAGAAGAUAAAAUCUGAGAUACUUGUGGUUGCCAAACUUCAGCAUAGGAACUUAGUAAGACUCCUGGGUUGUUGUGCGGAAGAGCAAGUGAAGCUUCUUGUCUAUGAAUACUUGCAUAACUUGAGCCUCAACUACUAUUUAUUCGAUUGA